AUGAAACUGAAGUUCGAGACUCUGCCCAUCAAGGAGAAUCCUUGUGCCUCUCUGUCUAGUGUCACUGUUGCUCUGUGUCUCCUCUCCCUCCUCCUGAUGGCCCUCAGGGGCCGAAAGAGCCACCACCACUACUCCCAAUUGGACCACACAAAUUUUUCCCCACCUCCUGGGCCCGCGCCGUGGCCUCUUGUCGGCAAUCUUUUCCAGAUCGGGGACCAGAUUCACCUUUCUUUAACUCGCUUGAGGCUCCAGUAUGGCGACGUUUUCAAGGUGCGUCUGGGCUCUUUAACUGUUGUCGUCCUGAGUGGAUACACCACCAUCAGACAGGCGCUGGUUCGUCAGGGAGAAGCUUUUGCUGGGCGACCUGACCUAUUCACCUUUUCUGCUAUAGCCAAUGGGACCAGUAUGACCUUCAGUGAGAAGUAUGGACCGGCCUGGAUGCAUCAUAAGAAGCUGUGUAAGAAUGCCCUCAGGUCAUUCUCCCAGGCUGAGCCCAGAGGAUCUGGUGCCACCUGCCUGCUGGAGGAGCAUGUCUGUGCUGAGGCAGCUGAGAUGGUGGAAAUGAUUCGGGAACAGGCUGCUGCUAAAGGGGACAUGACAGGUAUCGAUCCAGUGAUGCCCCUAGUAACCUCUGUGGCAAAUGUUGUCUGUGCCCUCUGUUUUGGGAAAAGGUAUGACUACAAUGACAAAGAAUUCCUCACGAUUGUUCACAUCAACAAUGAGGUCCUGAGGAUCUUUGCAGCCGGGAACCUGGCAGAUUUUUUCCCUGUGUUCCGCUACUUUCCAAGUCCAUCUCUGAGGAAGAUGGUCCAGCACAUCCGCAGGAUGAACGGAUUCAUGGAGCAGAGCAUUGAGGAACACAUCAACACAUUUGACAAGAACUAUAUCCGGGACAUUACAGAUGCUCUGAUUGCACUUUGCGAGCACAGAGAAGAAAAUAAGGAUACGUCUACUCUCUCCAACUCUCAGAUCAUUCACAGUGUCAUAGACAUCUUUGGAGCAGGGUUUGACACCAUCAUUGCUGGUUUACAGUGGAGCCUGUUGUACCUGAUCAAGUUCCCUGACAUCCAGGACAGAAUACACCAGGAGAUAGAUGAACACAUUGGCACAGCCAGACUGCCCAGGUUUGCAGAUAAGCCCAAGAUGCCUUUCACGGAGGCAUUCAUAUAUGAAGUGUUUCGUCAUGCUUCAUAUGUCCCUUUUACUAUUCCUCACUGUACCACGAGAAACAUCACCCUGAAUGGAUAUUUCAUUCCCAAAGAUACAUGUGUCUUCAUUAACCAGUAUCAAGUCAAUCAUGAUGUUGAUCUUUGGGGUGACCCGAACACAUUUCGCCCAGAACGCUUCCUUGGUUUCUCGGGACUCCUUAACAAGGACCUGACGGAGAAGGUUCUCAUCUUUGGCAUGGGGAAGAGGCGCUGUCUUGGUGAUGGUUUUGCUCGUUUGGAGAUGUUUGUCUUUCUCACCACGCUGCUCCACGGGCUGCGGAUUGAAAAUGUUCCAGGGCAGGUGCUGGAUCUCAGCACUGAUUUUGGUCUGACUAUGAAACCACGUCCAUACAGGAUUACCAUAUCCUUGAGGUUUUAG